AUGACAUCCCCAGGGGUCAGAGAGGAGAGAACGGAAAGGGGCAUCUCAUCUUCUCAUCUGCACUCACGCUGCACUCCUGGAUUUUUUCAUCGCUUUCCCCUUCUGCGUCCGUUAUUCUAUAGCCCUGCAUCUUUUCCUUUUCUCCCCCUCCUCCUUCUCGUGGGUAUGACGAGCACCAGCCUGCUGGAAAACCCGGUGCAGGCGAUUCUGUACCUGCGGGAGCUCACCACCAUCGUCCAGAACCAGCAGAGUCUGAUCCAGACCCAGCGCGCCCGGAUAGAGGAGCUGGACCGGCGAGUGGACGAGCUGAUCGGUGAGAACAGGCACCUGAGGGACGCCAGAGGACAACAGCAGCAUCCUUACCAUCAUCAUCACCACCACCAUCAUCACCCCGACCCUACCUACCUUCAUCAUCACCACCCACAGGACCCCCAGCUUAAAACAGCAGCGUCCCUGCCGGACCAUGCCGCCCCACCGGCACAGGUGGAGACGGCUCCGGCCCAGCCACAGCAGCAGCAGUCGCCCUCUCAACCUGCGGAUCCGGGAGACAUGCAGCUGGUUCCGGCCAACCCGUCCACCUUUUCCCCGGUUGAAAGUGACCAAGAGGACGGCACAAGUAGCCCCAGCUGCCGCUCUUUGGUGCCGAUGACCCCCACAACCCUGUGUCGAUCCCUGGCCCUGGCUAAGAAAUCUGAGAGCCAGACAGUGCUGCACCAGUUUUGUUGUCCCGCCCCUGAGAAUCCAGAGGCCGACACCACCGGCUCGUCCGGACAGUUGCUGAGCCUAGAGGAUGGCACUUCCUCUGGGGGACGGGAAGUUGAGGGGACAGAGGGAGGGACCAAGAGAGAGGGUCCAAGCGAAUAUGAAAUCACCCUGGAGAAUAAGAACAAACAGAUAGAGGAGUUGGAGCAGAAGUAUGGAGGCCAUCUUAUUGCUAGGCGGGCAGCUCGUCGUAUCCAGACAGCCUUCCGCCAGUAUCAGCUCAGCAAGAACUUCCAGAAGAUUCGUAACUCUUUGUCGGAGAGCAAGCUGCCCCGCCGUAUCUCCUUACGCCGACCCACCCCUGGAGGCCGAUGCCAGAACCCAGCCCAAAGACACAGCUAUACUCUGCUCCAGCCAGGAGGGGGCCAGAUACCCCUGCGCUCAAAAACUCCUCCUCCACCGCCUUCCCGCUCCACCUCUCUGCCCCCGUCUCCUGCAUCUGCCCCAGCACCAGCUCCAGCUCCGACCCCUGCUCCAGCUGCAGCCCCAGCCCCGCCCCCAACACCUGGACCCUCACUCACACAGCUGGAGGACUGCUUCUCUGAACAAUUGCACUCCCUCGCCCAGUCAAUUGAUGAAGCCCUUCGGGGUUGGAGUUUGUCGGAAGGUGGAGAAGGAACAGGGCUCCUAAUGGACCCUGGGGCCUUUCGGGCAGCUGCUGAGAGUGCCUGUCUGCCGCGGAGUGCCAGUUCCCUACUCAUGGCCUUCAGGGAUGUCACUGUUCACAUUGACAGCAACAGCUCCUACACCAUCUCCUCUGCCACCGCCUCCACCACCACCACCACUCUGGGGAACGUGGGUGGAGGAGAGCCAGGCAGCAGGAAGGCCUCUGUGAGCGGGGUGGCGGGGGUCGCAGGAGGCCAGUCAGAGGAGAGCAUGGAGGCAGAGUUCCCCGCACCUCCGCCAAGUGAGGAGCUAGAGAUGGGGGACCCAGGAUCCAGGAGGGGCUCCACGGUGCCGGCACCAGCAGCAGGAGGAGGAGGAGGCGUGGAGGUAGAGAGUGGCUCUGAACGACUAGGCUCCACCUCCACCUCCACCUCAGUCCAGUCCAACCAGCAGCCUGCCCAGACAUACACCCAAUACCAACAGUACCAGUACACCCAGCCACAGCAGAUUCCAGGGGGUCCCAGCCCUGAGGCGCUCCAGGCCCUGGUCCUGUCUCUCCCCCGGGACCGCUGCCAGGACCCCGCCUCCUGCCGCUCACCAACCCUAUCCACAGACACACACCGCAAACGCCUCUACCGCAUAGGACUCAACCUCUUCAAUGUGAACCCAGAAAGAGGCAUCCACUUCCUGAUCACGCGGGGUUUCGUCCCCGACACAGCCAUCGGAGUGGCCCACUUCCUGCUGCAGAGGAAGGGCCUGAGCAGGCAGAUGAUUGGGGAGUUCUUGGGGAACAGCAAGCUGCACUUCAACAGAGAUGUCCUGGAUUGUGUUGUGGAUGAAAUGGAUUUCUCGGGCAUGGAGCUGGAUGAAGCCCUGAGAAAGUUCCAGGCUCAUGUUCGCGUUCAGGGAGAAGCACAAAAGGUGGAGAGACUCAUCGAAGCCUUUAGCCAGCGAUAUUGUAUGUGUAAUCCUGAUGUGGUGCAGCAGUUUCACAACCCAGACACCAUCUUCAUCCUGGCCUUCGCUGUGGUUCUCCUCAACACUGACAUGUACUCCCCCAACAUCAAGCCACAGCGCAAGAUGGGCCUCGACGACUUCAUACGCAACUUAAGAGGUGUGGAUGAUGGAGCAGAUAUCCCCAGAGAGAUGGUAGCAGGCAUUUAUGAGAGGAUCCAACAGAGAGAGCUACGCUCCAAUGAAGACCACGUCACCUACGUCAGCCGUGUGGAGCAGUCCAUCCUGGGCCUGAAAACUAUCCUCGCUGUGCCCCACAGACGUCUGGUUUGCUGCUGUCGUUUGUUUGAGGUGCCUGACGCCAACAAGCCUCAUAAACAGAAACUGGCACAGCUCCAGAGAGAGGUUUUCCUCUUCAAUGACCUGCUGCUGAUCCUGAAGUUGUGUCCCAAGAAAAAAAGUUCAGCUUCCUACACCUUCUGCAAAGCGAUGGGGCUUCUGGGCAUGCAGUUUCAUCUCUUCAGUAAUGAAUACUACGCCCAUGGCAUCACCAUGCUGAGCCCCUUUACCUCAGAGAAAAAGCAGCUGGUGAGUUUCUGCUCCCCGAGUGGAGAGGAGCUGAGGAAGUUUGCUGAGGAGCUCCGUGAGUCGAUCACAGAGGUCAACGAGAUGGAACAGAUACACAUCCAGUGGGAGCUGGAGAGGCAACAGGGCAUCCAACCUCAUGGUGUUCACACCAACGGCGGGCAAGUGGACACACACACAGGACACGGCUCCCCUUCAGGCCAACAGGAUGCAUACGAUAAGACUGGCAACAACAACACAGUAGAGGUGUCAAUUCACAACAGGCUGCAGACCUAUCAGCUGAGCCAGCCCAGCAUUGAGUCCACACCUCUGGCCCUGGCUGCCCCCCCUGCCCUACUCAGUCCCGUCCAGCCCGGGGAGCUCCGUCCAGAAACACUCAUCCAGUGCCAGCAGAUUGUCAAGGUGAUUGUCGUCGACCAGAGUGGACGAGGGCGAAUGGAGGCCUUCCUUAGCCAAAGUCCUGCCUCCCACCGGCUCAUCCAGUCGGCUAUGUCCACACCUGUGCGUGUCAGAGAGGGGGACGGUCCUCAGCCCCCUCUGCCCCCUCCACCUCCGCCGUAUAACCACCCCCACCAGUUCUGCCCCCCUGACUCACCAAUGCCACUCCACCACACUCUGCCUCUGAGUCGCAGGCGCAACUCCAGCGGCUCCCGCAGCAUCGUCUGAGAUGUUUGCUACUUUAUGGACCCCAGGGGAUAGUCGUGACCCCCCCACACACAUUCACGCACACAGGAACAGACACACGCACACAGACACACACAGGAACAAACAGAGACACACAGAGAUGAGCACAUGCACACACACGCACACACACAUAUACACACACAUGCUCAAGCACUAGUCGACUCACUUUGAAUGGCAAGAUAAAAGCAGCCAGGGGUAAGAAAGGAAUAUCUGAGCCGGAUGAAGCGACAAAGGAGAAGGAAACCAACAAGAAUCUAUUCAUAGUCUUGACGAAGAAGUAUUUUUGAACAUGGAGUAGUUUUGAUGCCAUUUCUAAAAGACAACUUUUCUAGUCUUCUAACUGUACACUCGGUAGAUAAUGGUGUCGUCUAUAUUUCACACUCUUUGAUUUGUAAAAGAGAGAAUUGUGAUUUCGCAUUUUUAAAUGUCAUUUGGCAACCACUGUUUCUGUGAUCUUUGUCAGUGAAUCGAAGAGGCAAUUGGUUGAAUUGAUUCAAAUACGACAGACCAGGCUAGAGAGUGGAUACUGGCUACAAAAUCUGUUUUGUUUACUUGCAGAGUAUUAAUAUUUUGGAAUUUCCCAUAUCUUUAUCAGCCCCUGGUUUUCAGUAUUAGAUAAUGCACUCAAUAAUGAGUCAUCAUUUCAUCACAGGUUCUCUUGCUUCUUCUCGUUCUGACUUAAGUGUUUUCUGUCAUCUCCACAUAAAAUGAGAAGAAGCAAUGUGUUUUGUUUCUUGUCAAUGAAAAAUGUUUUCUGGGUAACAGAUGACCAGAUGCAAGAGACCUGUAAAAAAAAUAAAUAUUGAUGGUCCAACAUCUGUUCAUCAUGUACAGUAAGGGUGUUGCUCCACCCUAAACUAACCAGAAUUUUUAAGACCAUAUCCUGAUGACAAUCCUAUUGCUUUGUGUUUCAUUCACUGUUCUUGUGUGUUGUGCCAGACGUGCGUGAGCAGCAUCUUAUUUGUGCCUGACCGUGAGAGCAUGUGCACAAGGAUGUCAGUAAAUUUAUGACCAUGAGGAUUGAGAGCAGGCUUUUCAGUUCCACUUGAAAUCUGUGAUGUUCUGCUCUCAUGGAGCUCAGGAAAAGAUGUGGUUCACAUACUGUAACAUGUAAUAUCUGCGCCUCUGAGUUGUAUGGAGAAAACUGCGCUCAUGUGCUGUAUGUACAGUCUGCAUUUUAAUAGAUGGCAGUGAGCAGGACUGGUAAUUUAUCCAACACCAAAUUGUCUGAGAUACUGAAACAAUGCUAAUUUAAGAGCCAAAGGACAGAUGAAGUCUUAUCUUUAUGUUUACUCUUAAAUGGGUAUAAUUGCUACUCUUGGAUUUGGCAAUAUCUCUGUCCAGAAGAAUCUACUUAGACUUGAGUUAAUAAUAAUAAUAAUGAUAAUGAUAAUAAUAAUAAUAAUAAUAAUAGAAAUAGUUCCACACAGGGUAAAUGGUAACUCAUGUAACAAAAAUAUCUUACCCCUUUCAUGCAGUGUUUUCCUCACACACAUAAAAUAUUAUAAAAGCAGAGAUGAAUCCCAUUACUGAAUGUUACAUCAUUAGGGAAACUUGAGAUGUGCAUUGAAUAUUAUUGAUUUCAUAUCAUGUCCUCUGUCCAUUGUCCAUAUCAGAGGUGGCUCAUGUUUGGGCCAGUUUGUGUAGAAGAUCACAAGUCAUCUACUAGAGACACACUGAAUAUGUGUUGUACCUUUUGCACCACAGAAUAUAUUGGAUAUAUUGUAAAUAGAUGAUAUAGAUUUAUUCUGAAAAAGUGAUUGGUUUGCCAGUGUGUGUAUCUACGUAUGUAUUUGUACAGAGAAGAUCUAGUUUAAAAGAAAAAAAAAAGAUAUAGUUACUAUAGUUAUUACUAUUCACAUUUAAUAUCAGGGGGUGUCCUAAAUCCUGUUGCUAUGAGAGAUGAAAAACAGGCAGCUUUUAUAGAAUACAGUCCAGUUACCAUGGCAACACACACUGAUAUUAUUACAGAUCUACAUUAUCAUUAAAUUAUCUUCUCAUAUUAUUAAAAGAUUAUUAAAAGAUGGCUGUGUCACCUGUUAAGGUGUGUUAAGGGCUAUGCUGUAUUGGUAACUACAGUAGAUCACAGGUCUGUGUGCAUGCACAUACAUAAACACACACACACACACACACACACACACACACACACACACACACACACACACACACACACACACACACACACACGCAGACAUGCACCCAUAUACAAAUGCAUACACAUUCCACACACACACACAAACACAAACAGACACACACACAUGCAAGUAGCUGCCAAAGCCAACACAAAUCCUGCUUAAAUUCACCGUGGAAAUUGCUUGAUUUCUCAAGUUAGCAACCCCACUUUGUUUACUGUAAAUUUUGGCCACAAAUGGCUUGACCUGUACAAAAUACAGCAUGAUUUAUUUAUUUUUUUCAUUUAUAGCACAUGGGAAGAGUUUGAUUAUAUCUUUGUAUCAUUAUUGUCAGGGCAUGUUGGGUUGAUUGAUGUCAUUUCUUCCCUCUCUACUUCCUCCCACCCCUCUGCCCUACCCUGUACCCUCUCUGUGGUUGUCAUGGAGACGCACCAAUCUGCAUCCUCACUGUGGAGCACUGUCAUUAAUUUGUGCACCCUCACACAAUGUUUCUAAAGGAGAUUUCUAAAGAUCAACAUGUUUACUAAUGGAAUAUUUCUAAAGUUUUAUGUUUGGAGAGAAUGAAAGAAUAAAGUAGUUUUUACUCUGU